AUGCGUGAUUUAGGACUCGGUUACGUAACUAUUGAUGCUUGUGUAAAUGAUUGUGUGCUAUUUUGGAAGGAAAAUGAAAAUCUUGACACGUGUCCAACUUGUAACGCCCCUAGAUGGAAAUUAGGUUUCGGAAAACGCAAGAAGGUUGCUCAAAAAAUUCUUAGACACUUCCCUUUAGUACCUAGACUUCAGAGGUUAUUUAUGUCUAAAGAUAUUGGUGAAAAUAUGAGGUGGCAUAAGGAGAAAUGUGUAGAUGAUGAUACGAUUAGACAUCCAGCUGAUGCUACGGAAUGGAAAGAUUUUGACCAGAAAUAUGCUUGGUUUGGCAAAGAUGCUCGUAACGUGCGACUUGGGCUUGCUAGUGAUGGAUUUAACCCUUUUGGAAAUAUGAGCACGAGUUAUAGCAUGUGGCCGGUGAUUGUGACGCCAUAUAACUUACCACCAUGGAAAUGCAUGAAGGAGAAUUUUUUGAUGCUAUCUUUGCUUAUUCCUGGUAAGGAAUCUCCCGGAAAUAAUAUCGAUGUAUAUUUAAGGCCAUUAAUUGAUGAGUUAAAAGAGUUAUGGGAGACCGGUGUGACAACAUAUGAUGCAUAUAGCGGUAAGAAUUUUCAAUUACAUGCUGCAUUAUUAUGGACAAUAAAUGACUUUCCAGCAUAUGGAAUGUUAUCUGGAUGGAGCACAAAAGGAAAAUUGGCAUGUCCUGUGUGUAAUAAGUGGACGUGUUCGCUAACAUUAAAAAAUGGAGUGAAGCAAUGUUACAUGGGUCAUCGGAGAUAUUUACAUGCCCAACAUUCUUGGAGAAAAAGCAGAAAAUUUGAUGGCAAACCAGAGCACGGGUCAAAGCCUGAAGAGUUGUCAGGAGAUGAAGUUCUAAGGCAAUUAGAUUUGCUUCCAAAAAGCCUUGUUUUUGGGAAGACACCUAACCAAAAAAAGCGUGCACGUGGUCCUGAAGAGCUCAAUUGGACAAAGAGAAGUAUAUUCUUUGAAUUGCCUUACUGGAAAACAUUAAAAUUACGUCAUAAUUUAGAUGUAAUGCAUAUUGAGAAGAAUAUAUGUGAAAAUAUAUUGGGUACGUUGAUGAAUAUUGAUGGAAAAUCUAAGGAUAACAUUAAGGCUCGAAUGGAUUUAGAAGCAAUGGGUAUAAGAAAAGAGUUACAUUUACAGCAAAAGGGAAAUAAAUUUUUUAUGCCACUUGCUUGUUAUACAUUACCGAAGCCUGAAAGGAGAAAGUUUUGCGAAUGGUUGCAGUCAAUCCGGUUGCCAGACGGAUAUGCUUCCAAUCUUUCUCGAUGUGUAAGUGUUCAGGACUGCAAAGUUAUGGGGAUGAAAAGCCAUGAUUAUCAUAUAUUCUUGCAACGGUUACUUCCAGCAUCAAUUUGUGGGUCUUUGCGUAGUGAGGUUUACACUGCAUUAUCAGAGUUGAGCUCCUUCUUUAAGGAGCUUUGUUCGAAGACUUUAAAAAGAUCUACAGUUAAAAAGUUGCAGAGCGAUAUCAUUUUGAUAAUAUGUAAACUUGAGAUGAUAUAUCCUCCAUCUUUUUUCGUGGUAAUGAUGCAUUUGGCAAUUCAUCUGCCACGUGAAGUAGAAUUAGGAGGCCCUGUUCACUAUAGGUGGAUGUACUUUAUUGAGAGGUUCUUACGUACUUUGAAAAAUUAUGUACGUAACUUAGCUCGACCGGAGGGUUCAAUUGCUGAAGCGUAUAUCACUAAAGAAUGUUUGAACUUUUGUUCACUGUAUUUUCAUGGUGUUGAGACAAUAUAUAAUCGCGUUGAGAGAAAUAAUUUUCCUGUGCAAAUAGGAGUGGAAAAUGGAUUUUCCAUAUUUUCAAACAAUGCAAGACCUUUAGGAGCUACAGAAUAUAAAACGUUAUCCCAUUCUGAUUUUGAAAAAUUGCAGUGGUAUGUGCUUAACAAUUGUGAGGAUGUUGAUGAAUAUCUUAAGAUUCACAUUGAAGAAUUACAAAAGGAAAGUGUUAUAGAUGUGCAAAAAGACACCAGGCAGGAUUUGCCAGUUGGUUCAAGGAGUGUGUUGGACGCUUACGUGCUACUGGUUUGGUUGCAGCAACAGAUCAUAUAUAUGCGUUGGGAUUAGGUCCUGAUAUACGAAUUGCUAGGUACAAUGGGAUAAUUGUCA